AUGUUUCAGGAUGAUGAAGUUCCACUCCGAUCAGCUAAAAAUAUUGUUCGUCGUUUACGAGCUGGUAGUGAUCAUCUUUCUCGUAAUCAGUUUUUGUCUUCAAUAUGUUUCGAAGGUUUAAACGACGCAGAAAUGAUUGUCGACCAUGCGGAUGGGGCUGAUGAUAAAAAUGAUGAAUCAGAUAAUCGUAUGGUGCUGGACGAACAUGAUGUAUUUGAUGAUCGUAUGGUGUUAGAAGAAAAUGAUGACCAGCUAGAAAACUCUUCAAUUGUCUAUAGUGAGGCAUUUGUUGAUGCACCCGUGGAUGGUUCAUGUUUAAGCAGCAGUAAUGAUACAGACUCACAAGACAAUGAAAAUAAUUCUGUAGCUGAUGAUGUUGCACAACGUCCACCUAGCACAAAAGAAAUUGCAACCGCUCUUGCUUUAUUCCGACAUCGACACAAUAUGUCAAAGUCCUGUAUAAACGAUUUAUGUGAUUUGUUACGUUUAUUGGGAGUGAUUAAUGUGCCAUCUGAUUUUCGUUCAAUUGAGAAAGUUCUUAUGAAAAAUCAGGAGAAUACUUUACAGGGUCAAUGUUAUAUUGUUUGUUCACAAUGUGGUAAUAAAGGUACUAGUUUAUCAAACUGUGAGAAUGUUCAAUGUAAGUCCAACAGUGGUUUCAUGUCAACGCCUACAACAUUAUGCACAUUUAAACUUUUUCCACAAAUAUCAUCGAUUCUUGAGCGACAUAAUACUGUUCCUGAAUCAGAUGGUACAAUCUCUAGUAUAUCUGAUAUUCAAGGAGGCCAAGUAUGUCGUAACAUUCUCCUUCGUGAACGAAUUGCUGACUCAAGUAAACAAACAGUGACUAUGUUACUAAACAGCGAUGGAAUAGUCUUGAAGAAGUUCAGCCGUUCGAUUUGGGUUACUUGUAUGGUGAUUAAUGAAUUACCUCGUGCAAUACGAUUUGAUAUUCGUAAUGUUAUAAUUUGUUCUAUUUCUAUGGGUGGAAAUAAACCUAAAAAAGAUCAAUUUCAAAGUUUUAUAAAAGAUUGGGUGAUAGAACUGCAACAGUUGGAGCUAGGUUUUUAUGUAUCACCUCCAAAUUUAAAUGGAAAAUUUAUCAAAGUAUAUGCUUUCUUAAUUGCAGCAGCUCUUGACAAACCGGCACAGGCAUUGUUGAUGAAUCUCAAUGAUCCAACCGGUUACUACAGUUGUCCUCGCUGCACAAUUAAAGGUAAUUUAUGA